ACUAUUUGCUGAAUCUUUAAUCAGAUUAAACUCCUGGAAACUCUUCAGUGAAUAAAAAUUCUAUCCAAAACUCACAUCAAUAACCGAUUAUACGAACAAGAUAUUGAAGAAUAUAAAAGAGACCAUUAAAGUCCUUAAGGACCCUUUUCCAAAAAAUCGCAAGAAAUGGACAUUCAGUUAAAUAAGAUAGCAAAAACUAAAAGACUUCUCUCCUUGGAUAUAGAGACUAGAGCAGGAAUGAUUCGGAAUCAUGGGAUGACUAUUCACCAAGGUUGGCAACCGUUAUCGCUAAGCUAUCGUUACCGCUAAAACACCUUUUAAGCACUAAUUAAUUAAUUAAUUAAUUAAUUAAUUACUAAUACCGAAUUAAGUCAAAAUACCGUUAACUCUAAGAUAUCGUUACCGAAUUAAGCCAAAAUACCGAUAACGCUAAAAUACCAAUACCGAAAUAUGUCAAAACAACGAUACGAACAAGAUAUUGAAGAAUAUAGAAGAGACCAUUAAAGUCCUGAAGGAUCCUUUUCCUAAAGAUCAAAAAAUCGCAACAAAAGUGCAUUCAUCAGAAUAAAAUGGCGAUCAUUGCUCUAAUGACGAAGACCAAAAUAAGUCAAAAUACCGAUACCGCCACUUCAUCACCGUUUGGAAACGGUCGCCAACCUUACUAUUCACUGAUCUUUAGUCAGAUUAAACUCCUGGAAACCGGUUACACGAACAAGAUAUUGAAGAACAUAGAAGUAAAAUUUAAAGUUCUGGUGGAUCCUCAUUUCCAAAUAUUUACAACGGAUAUCAUAAAGACUGGAACAGACUUGUGCGAUCACAUGAGGGAUCGUGAUCUAGCAAAACAUUAGAGCAAAUCCCUGUUGAAGUUUACUUUAAACUAGGAGAUAAAACGGAUCUAAGGAUUCCAUUCAUUCUAUUUUGACACUAUAUCGUUUACAAAUUUAUUAAUAAUUUUAUUAUAUUUCAAAAACAAAUUUCUAAAAACAACAUUAACAAUAUGCAGCAACGUAUCAAAUUUACGGGACCUUUUAAAAACCAAGUCUCUUUCGAUAAAAAGGAAAUCCGUAGAAAAAUUAUUAUACCUACUUUCCAGCAGGCACGACGUAGUGCCGAUAUUUACAAUGCCCUUGUACAGGAAUUUCUCGAAGCAGGUUGUCCAACAUCUGCUAAAUACUUUGAAAUGUUAAUCAAUAAAGAACGUCUACUAUAUGAGAAUGCCUCUAUAAGAGAACGCUUUCGGGAUGAACCAAAAUUGCUGUUAAGUCUCUUCGAUAACUGUAAAAUGGCGGAAAAAUCUGCAAUUUUGGGUGAAAGCAAUGGACGAGCCAUAUGUACACGUCUACUACUGCAAUGUAUUUUGAUGUUUGAGAACUAUGAAAGGAAAUACGAUUGGAUUUUAAUGGAUGUCUUUAAGAUUAUUAUCAAAAUAGCAGCUAAAGUAUGCGAAGCUGAAGAGGUCUCAAAGGAAUCGUUGUGUAGGAUUUACUACAAAUACGGAAUGUAUUUAAGCAAGUGUGAUUUGGAAGAAUCUGUUAAAUAUCUUGAAAAAUCCUUUGAUUUGGCUAAGGGAACCGAUUGGAUCGAUGAGGAACAUUCGAAUAAAGGCAAGAUUGUGCACUAUUCCUCGGCGAUAGCCAAAAGUUAUGGCUAUGCUCUGCUACAUUAUGCUAAUAACAUAUAUCAUACUGAACCAACCAAGGCUUUAGGUCAAGCACAAAAAGCCAUUGUAAUUUUAACGGGAGUGGGUAUUGAGCAUAAUAAAGGUAUUUACCUGAAAGCAUAUCUAGAUAUGGCUGAAUUUCAAAUAGAAGUCAAAAACUAUAACGCAAGUCUUUUAAUACUUGAAAAGAUCAUAAAAUAUAUCAAACUAUAUGUAGCGGAAAAUGUGAAAUAUUUGAAAUUCCUUUCACGUUAUCAUCAUUUAAAGGGUGUCUGUUUUGAACGUCAGCAAAAUUUUGAUAUGGCUUUAAUAGAACUACAUGAAUCGCUUAAAAUUAUACGUCAUAUAAGUCUGAAACAGCAAGAAGCUUUAGUUUUAUUGGAUAUAGCUAAAGUUUACAUUAAUCGUGGUCGUUCUCAGUUCCGUAUGGCCGAUUUGUGUUUACGUCAAGCGAAGGAGAUUUUCGUUGUUCUAAAUGAUUCGUUUAAUAUUAAGAAAACUUCUUAUCUCAUGGCCAAUCUUAAGAUGCAAAAUAUACAACCUAUGAUUUUGGAUUUAAUAAAGUUUUCCUCCACCAACCGUUGCGAUAAAUAUCGUUUAAUGCGUUGGAAAUCUAUGUGUCUACCUUUUUGGCGUAAUUUGCGUCAAUGUUUGGAACAAGAAGAACGGCUGCCCAUGCAUUGUCAUAUCGUUGCAACAGAAAUUCCAGCGAGAAUUGGCCAAAGAAGAAGUUUCCAGCGCAAAGCUCCAAGAUAUUAAGUAUUUUUAGAUUUAGAGGGUUUUUUAUAAAUCCCUUUCCUCACUUCACUUAAUUUUCUAUAUUAAUCGUUGUUGUAUUUUUAAAUAUUUUAAAUUCAAUUAUAUUUUUAUAGAUUUUUAUCUAAAAUCCACUGUUAUUCUA